AUGGCGAAUCCGCAGUGUAUGGAGCGAGUGUCGGUGCACUCCGAGGGCGCCAACACGGGGAAGGGGGCAAGACGAGCCGCCCAGUUCCGUUGCUUCGCAGCCGAUCGCGGUCGACGCAGGCGGUCUGCAGCGGGUCUAGAUGAGAAGAGGGUGCGCACGAGGGUUGCUUUUGCUUUGCUGUCGCCAGUUGCUGUGUUGCCAGAGAAGGGCUGUCGACGAAUGCGGUUGAGAGAGGGAGUAUCCCGUCGCAUGCCGUGGCCCAAUCGGUCUUGCCUAGAAUUGUCGCCUGCUAGUGGCACGACAUCGCUGGACACCAAGCCACAGGACCUGGAAACGACCCCGAAAAUCGGAACCGGGGGCAACAAUAGAGAACCAAGCAUCAGUGGACGACCCCUCUCGGGCGGGGCUGUCGUCUUUAAUGGAGCAGCGCGUGGGAGCCGGCAAAUUCGCUCCUCUCCGUACGAUACCAGAGAGUACCUGAAAGUGCCUUUGGCGGACGGCGUUCGUUCGGAGAUUUAG